AUUUGUUUAGAAAGUUCAUCAAAAUUCGAUGAUGCAUACUUUCUGGUUAAUGAUCUCCAUUCAAGUUGCGUUGUGCUCUUGUCAUUACAUGUAUGGGCCAGAUCGUGCUUGGAAUAUACGCUCUAAAGAUGAGCUAAAAAGCAAAGAUUUUUGGUUUCAUGAUGCACAACGUACGGUAUAUGAAAAGACUUCGACUGUACCGAAUCAGUAUUUGGCCAAGAACAUAAUCUUAUUCCUUGGAGAUGGCAUGUCUGUGCCGACUGUAACGGCAGCCCGCAUCUAUGAUGGUCAAAAGAAAGGCAUUGUAGGGGAACGAAAUCGUUUGGAGUUUGAAAAGUUUAACUACGUCGGAUUAUCAAAGACUUACUGCGCAGACAAACAAGUUUCAGACUCGGCCGCUACUGCCUCUGCCUAUCUGUCGGGUGUUAAAGCUAAUUAUCUGACAAUCGGCGUUUCAGCUGAUGUAAAACUUAAUGACUGUGAAGCAGCCAAAUCGCCCAACAAUCGUCUCUCCUCCAUUGCGACAUGGGCCAUGCGUGGACAUAAAUCUGCGGGACUAGUAACCACAACUCGUGUCACUCACGCCAGUCCAGCUGGAGUUUAUGCCCACACCUCGAAUCGUGACUUUGAGAGCGAUUUCGAUGUUAAGGAUCAAGGACAUGAUCCUAGCAAGUGUCCAGAUAUCGCGCAACAGUUGUUGUCCGAUGAGGGCCAACGCUUGAAAGUUGUCAUGGGCGGAGGUACUAGGAAAUUUCUGCCAAAUACAGAAAAAGAUGUGUACGGCAAUGUAGGCGAGCGCUUAGAUGGCCGCAAUCUGAUAAAUGAAUGGCAACAGAGCAAACACGGCAAUGCGGAAGUUGUUUUCAAUCGUACUAAUUUGUUGAGCAUCAAUCCUUACAACACGGACUUCUUAUUAGGAUUAUUCAAUGCCUCUCAUUUGGCAUACAAAUUGGACGAUAGCAUUGAUACUCCAACGCUCGAGGAAAUGACUGAAGCUGCAAUUAACGUUCUGUCAACUAAUCCGAGUGGCUUCUUUCUAUUUGUCGAAGGCGGUCGUAUUGAUCAUGCUCAUCACGAGACUAAAGCCAAGAAAGCCAUGGAGGAAACUGUACAAUUCUCAAACGCUGUCAAAAAAGCAAGACAGUUGACCAAUCCAUGGGAGACUCUGAUCGUGGUCACCGCUGAUCAUGGACAUACCAUGACAAUUAACGGAUACCCCGAUAUAAAUAACGAUAUAACUGGCCUAAGCUCGGAAUUAAGUGACCUCGACUAUUUACCUUACGCCACAUUAUCUUACGCCAACGGUCCUGAAAUGAAUCGCUUCUACGAGGUGCAAACUUCAAAUAACACAGUUAAACGGGUUGAUCUCCGCAAUCUAAACAUAGGUGAUAAGGACGAAAGGUAUCCACAUGGCGCUCCUUACUCUGAAGAAACUCAUGGAGGUGGUGAUGUAGCAGUUUACGCUAAUGGUCCCUGGUCGCAUUUGUUCAGCGGCGUUUAUGAACAAAACACAAUUCCCCAUCUAAUGGGUUUCGCUUCAUGCAUUGGUCCUGGCAUAACGUAUUGCGAUCUCCGUCCGAAAGCCACCUACAAUCCAUAAACAAUUAUUUAGUUACUAAUUUCGAGUAAUUGUGU